UUCCUCUCCAGCAGCAGGCCGUGAGCUCCAACAGGUCGAAAAACAGCCACAACAACAACAAAAAGCAGAAGGGGACGACCUCUGCAUUUCCCAGGAUGGAGGAUUCUCCAUCCAAGCCAUCUGUGGCUGAGCUGGCUGGAAGGUUCAACGGUCACAUUCUACCGAUGCCCACCUCAAAUGACCAGUUGCUAUUUCGAAGAAGACAUCCAUGUUCCCAAAAGUUGCAGAACCAAAACGAUGAUGAAUCUGAUAAAACCAUCGUCUCACCAAAUCCCUUCAAAAUCAAGAUGAAGAACUCCUCCAUCAUUGAGAAACUCCAGGCCAAUCUUGCCCUGUCGCCCACUGCUCUGCUGCAUUCGCCCAACAAGAGUCUUGAAGUGACGCUGCAGCCAGCACCGCUGUCCCCGCCCACAGCCUGCAGCCCGCAGAGCCCCCUGAGCCCCCCCCUGCGGCCCUCGUACCGGUCCUGUGAAGAGGAGGAGGCCGUCUGCUUCGACAGCCCCCCUGAAGGCGCCCCGCUGCUGAGCAUCAACAAGACUCGUGCACGGCUAUCAUUCAAAAGGCGCCCGCCCACAAGACAGCACAGGAGGUCUGCUGGAGAGGAGGGGGGAGCUUUCAGCGCUGCUCUGUCCCCGUGUGAACCGUACAGCACGAAAGACAAUGGGGACACGGACCAGGUUUUCGAAUACGGACAGCCGGCAAGUCUGAAAGAAGCUGAGGAGAAGGACAGGGACUGUGAAAAAACAGAGGAUGGGGUAGCUGAAUGUGACCACAGGGGAGAUCCGGGGGCGGAGCAGGAAGCGGAACCAGCCCAGAACUUGGAGGCGUUGGAGGAGCAACAGCAGCCUUUAGCGCCCUCAAUAGAGAUCAAUGUUAAGACAAAGGGGAAGGAGGAGCCGCCUCUGGAAGAGCACCAAUGAGGAUAUAACAUGGCGUGAACUGUGACUGUUUACUUUAAGAAAAUCUAAUUAUAUAUAUUUACAUAUAUAUUUGACUGAAUAAGUUAUUCAGUGUUUUGUUUAAGAGAACUCUUUAAAUACGACUCAGAAAAAGUUAAUCAUUUUACAAUUUCUUGCUACCUGGUCUUUCUUAGUCCCUCUGUCGCUCUCUCGUGGUCGUCUACAGAACAGGUCUAUAAACACUGGAGAGUUAUGAGAAGCAGCUGUUCUCUGCAUAUGGAAAUACUCCUCAAAGUUAAUACUGUAUCCAUUAUCAGGAAAUAUCUCAUUUUGUCAAGUCUGCAUAGCCAGACUCCUGUUUUAAUUUGUUCUUGUUUAAAUUUAAAGACGUUAUGAAGAGUGCAAUUCCAUGUAAGAAGUUUGUCAUUCACACAGAACUUUUGGAAUGGCUGGGAUGGCAAAAUAUUAGUAGACUUCAUAUUAUUUUUACCAGAUAUAUAACAUGUUUAUGCAUCGAUGGGAAUGCUCGUAUCAAAACCCGUUCACUUUAGGUUUAAAGGAUGUACCUUGCUUCUAGUUCUCGUUUGACGCUGGUCUAAUUUUGUUUGUUUUAUUUUGUACUCUGCAAAAUAUCUAGAUCCCAGUGCUACAGUGGAGUGGCUCGGAUUCUCAUCAAUUAUGCACAGAAAUGUUAAGACAAUAAAUGGCUUCCUUCUUCUUUCAGAAAAAACGA